UGUCGUUAUUUCGCUUCCGUUCCUUCCUCUCCCACUCUUCUGCCCCUAAUCUAAUAAACCGUUCUUUCAAUCAAUUUCAGUUUAGGUUUUGAAUUGUUUGGCUGAGAAACGUGUUUUUGCGUUAAAUUAGGGCAAUGUUGGAUUGAUUUUCACUAAGGGUGACCUUGAGGAGGUCGGUGAGGAAGUUGCCAAGUGCAAGCUCUGAAAAACUGAGAGUGAUAUCCAAGGCAGAGAUGGAGGCUACCGUUCCUGUGGUGGAUUUUCAGAAGCUUUCAGAAGGAGAGGAGUGGAAGAAGCUAAGAGAAGCAUGUGAGAAAUGUGGUAUUUUCAGGGUCAUCAACCACCCUAUUCCAGAAACACUCAUGAAAGAGAUGAAAUCAGCAGUCAAAUUCUUGCAUGAUCUUCCUUCAGAGAUAAAAAUGCGCAACAAAUCCAUAAUUCCUGACAGUGGUUAUAUUCCACCGCUUCCAUCAAGUCCUCUAUAUGAGGCCAUGGCGAUAUAUGACUUUCAUAAAUCACCACAGGCACUUGAAGAUUUCCUCUCCCAGCUGAAUUUACCACCCCAUUACAGCAAAAUAGUAAAAGCUUAUGGGAAAGCAAUUCAUGACUUGGCAUCAACUAUGGCAGAAAAGAUGGGCAAGUGUUUGGGUAUAGAGGAUGUUGAUUUCAAGGACUGGCCUUUCCUUUUAAGAAGUAUAAAAUACAAUUUCAGCCCAGAAAAUAUAGGUGAAAUGGGAGUAAUGUUGCACUCAGAUACAGGAUUUAUCACUCUACUUCAAGAUGAUGAAACUGUUAGUGGUCUUGAGCUGUUGGAUGAUUCUGGCUUAUUAAAAGCAGUGACUCCCAAAUCAGGGUCCUUCCUCUGUAUUGUUGGAGAUGUUGGACAUGUUUGGAGCAAUGAAAAAUUUUGGAAUGCGAGGCAUCGUGUAAUUUGCAAGGAAACAUGUAGUCGUUAUUCGUUUGGUGUAUUUAUGUUAGCAGCAAGGGAUGGUAUUGUUGAGGCGCAUCCAAAGUUGGCGGAACUUAACGAUGGUCCACGUUAUCGACCAUUUAAGUAUGAAGAUUUAAGGGAGUUCAGAAUCCUCACAGGAAAGAGAAAUGCUGAAGUUCUUCAUCAAUAUCGCAUUGCUUAGUCCUUUCUGUGCACGCAAACACAUCAAACAACACCACUUUACAAUAAAAAAUAAAGUUCCCAAUAACACCAUUUUUCCAUGCAAGUCUCAAAAUGCUGUGAUUCUAUCAUUGUUGUUUUGCGUUACUAUUGAACUUGUUAAACAUCAGAAUGAAAUAAAGUUCUGAUCAAUUAUGCUA